AAUUAGCAGUAGUAGAAGAAGAAUAACAACCGGCGUUCUGAUAACAGCUUGGGGUGAAGAAAUGACUAUUCUCAUGGUGUUUGAUUUUGACCACACUGUGGUUGAUGACAACAGUGACACUUGGGUGAUCAAGUGCCUUCCAGGACAGACUCUUCCCGAUUCUGUGACAAACUCAUACAGGAAGGGCCACUGGACUGAGUACAUGGGCAGGGUAAUGAACCACAUAGGAGACCAGAAGAUCAGCCAUGACAGCAUCCGCAGUGUGAUGGAGACCAUCCCCUUCACAGCUGGAAUGACAGACUUGUUGACAUUUAUAUCAGAGAAUAAAAACACCAUCGACUGCAUUGUCAUCUCUGAUUCCAACACCAUGUUCAUCGAGUGGAUCCUGAAGGCAUCAGGUCUCCAGACAGCUGUCGACCAGGUUUUUACCAAUCCGGCCAAGUUCAAUGAGUCAGGAUACAUGGAGGUACAAUGCUACCAUUCUCAUGACUGCCAGAAAUGCCCCAUCAAUCUGUGCAAGAGAAGAGUCCUGGAGCUCUACCUGUCCAAGCAGGCUGAUGAAGGUGUGGAGUAUGAGCGGAUCUUUUAUGUGGGAGACGGUGGGAAUGAUUUUUGCCCAACUGCCUGUCUGAGAGAGCAUGAUGCUGUGAUGCCCAGGAAGGGGUACACUCUUGAGAAACUGUUAGCCAGACUUGAGGCUCAGGAAGGUAGCACCUCUCCUCUAGCUAAAGUCAUUGUCUGGAGCAGUGGUGCUGACAUCCUCCAGGAGCUGAAAGCAAGUAUAUAAUCACAGGUAUGGCAGUGGGAAGGAUCGACUUCUAAGAUAUAAUUGUACUCGAUGCACAUGCCAUUACAAAGCAGUCGUAUUUUAUAUAAAUUACUAAUAUACUUCUAAUUUUAAGAUUUGACAAAUAUUUUAGCUAUUAAUAUUGUUUUCUUAAUAUUUUUUUUCCAAGCUCUAAAAAAAAUAUAUAAUUUGUCAUCAGGGAGUUUGUGGCAUGACUUUGCAGUUUUUUGUCUGUCGUGGUUGGAAAUGAAGGCCUUUGAAUGCAGCUGCAAUAUAACUCACAACAACAGCAAGAUAUGUAAAAUCUGAGUUACUAGAAACAGAGGUAGCCUUAAAGAUCAAUUCAGGGACAUGUCUGAAAUGAGCAGUAUUAGAAAAACUGUCAAGGACAGUAGUUUAAGAUUAUUUGCACCAUAACAGCAACUUGUUCCCAUUUGGUGCCUUUCUUUAUAUAAACACAAUAUUCUGACUAUUGAUCUUAUUCUAAACAGGGCUGUAUUCUGAUUAUGGCUUCACAUGUUAUAUAGAACAUAGGGUUUAUUCUUUCUUUUUUGUAUAAAAAAUAUGUAAUAUAAUCAAUAUAUAUUUAAUAUAUAUACCAGUAAUAUGUAAACAAUAAAAAAGGAAGAUGUAUCUUGUGCUAAAUUUUUAUGAAAGGCCUGACUCCUGGUAGACAUUAGCAAGAAAAAUCAAUAAAUGUAUUUUCCACAAGGUUUUAUAUUUUUCUGUAACUGCAUCUUAUCUCAACCUCUUAUCCACCACGUUAGUUUCUACUAUAUACGUUUACAUGUCAGUCAUGCUCAAAGACUUGCGAAGAAUUGCAAUUGAUUUGUCACACUAUAAUUUAUUUAUCUGUUUUGAUUAUUUAUUUGUAUUUAUAAUUGCACUUGAUCUUUUAGAGUCCUGCUUACUGAUACAAAGUCAGCAUGAAAUUAUAUGAAUUAAAAAUAUUAAUCUCUAAAGGGAAAUUAUAUAUUGAAAGUGCAGAACUGGGAAUAGUUAAUUAGAUUUUGUGCUUUUCCAUCUUGUCUGAAUGUUUUCAGUGGAAACUGCAUGUAGGUAAUAAGUAGGAUAUGACAUCAGGAGCUACCUAUAGCUGGCAUUUUGAAUGUGUUUCCAUUGGACUUAAGUAUUUCCACCACUGUCCCAGUCUUCAGAAAUCACAGAUUACACUGCUAAAUGAUUUUUUCUUAAUGUGUCUGAAGUGUUUUUACUUUGUUUAAUGACUAAUCCAUCAGUUAAAAUAUAACUUCCACCACUCAGUGUUGUUGUUGUCAUGCAGGUCUGUUGUUAUCAGUGUACAAUCCUCCCAUACAAAUAGCUGGUAGGGACUAACUUUGCAUGAUAUCAAGCUGUUUUCAUAUCAUUUAUGAAGAAAACUUUUUUUUUUACCCAAGUUUUGAAACUCACAUCCAACUCCAUCCACGUCCAAAUUGGCUGGUUAAGGUUAGGAGGUAUGGUCCGGGGGGUUUAGUGGGCAUAACCUGUACCUUAAUAAAUGGUCCACCUUCUUGCAGGUUGCAGCAGCGGGCUGCUUUGUCAAGGGGAUGUUGGCUUUAUGGGCAGUUUUAACAUUUACUUAAGUGAUGUUGCAACGUCAGUAUGGGGGGUGAGUGUGGAAAAGAUGUUGUGGAGGAUUACGCUCUGCCAUCAAGCUGCCAAAAGCUAACGGGAGGAACUUCUCAAAUUAUAGCCAAAAUCCAUUUUUGACUAACAUGCACUACUCACAAUAAAUUAGGGACAUUCAACCUUUUAGAUCAAAUUUACAGAAAAUGUAAAAUAAUAUUGUGCUACACUGAAUGAAGGAAAUUUAGGUAGAAUCAUAUGAUAAUAAUUCAUUCUCUUAAAUGAUUUAUUGAAAAAAAAAAGCUAACAACAGUGGCGGGAAUACCACAACAUAAAAUGUAAAAUGUCUCAAUACCUUUGUCGUCUUGGUCUGAUGAUGUCAAAAUGUGAAUCAAAUCCUGAUUUUGGUUAGAAGAAAAAAAAAGUAUUUGGACUAAAAUAUAUUAUUUAAUAAUGUCAUUGUCAUAGCAGCACAGCAUUUUUUUAAUUGCUUAAUUAAAACACCAACAAGAAUAUUCAUGGAACUGAACCAGGUAAAUGGGUGGUAGGAAUGUCCACUGAUAACACCUGAAGAAGGGACGUAAUGACAACAAAAUCAACUGCUUCUAACAGAAAUGGAUGCUUGUAUAGCCACAGCAUUUACAGAAAGAGACAGUUUCUGUAACACUUUACUGGAUGUUUGGUUUUUAUAUUUUAUAUGUAUUUAAAAUGUGACUGAGAACAUCUCAUGUCUGUUAUUCAUUCAUCUGAAAUCAUUCUUGUAUUUUGACCAUUAUUCUGACAAUGUUGGCUUGUUUUAAAAGUUUCAGAUCCGUCCAUCUUUUACACAAGUAAUAGGAUUUAAAGGAAUAAUUCUGGGACUUUACAGCCAGUAUAUGGAGUGGGAAUGGAGUAGUGGGUUUCCAUACCACUUAAAUAACAUCUUAAAUAGAAAAUUAAUCAUUGAUGGAAA